GGUAGGUAUACUAAUUGUAUCAGCUGGAAAAUCAACAGUCGUGUGAAUUAAGUGUAUUUUGCGAAUUGUGCCACAAAUUAAAUUGCAUCUUUUUUUCUAAAUAAUUGUAACAGCUCUUCGGACAUAGUGGCGAAUUCAGUAAAACAGUGUAUCAACAUGCUUGGUCGAGUACUGGUCUACGGCGGUAAAGGCGCAUUGGGCUCUGCCUGUGUUUCACACUUCAAAUCCAACAAUUACUGGGUGGGAAGUAUUGAUCUGAGCGUGAAUGAGGAAGCGGAUGCAAGUAUCGUAUUACCGCGUGACCUAAGUUGGGAGGAACAAGAAGCUGAAGUGCUAACAAAAGUGGGUGACGCUUUAAAUGGUGAAAAAUUGGAUGCUGUAAUUUGUGUGGCAGGUGGUUGGGCGGGUGGUAAUGCCUCCAAGGAUUUGGCUAAAAAUGCUGAUUUAAUGUGGCGCCAAAGCGUUUGGACAUCAAGUAUUUCGGCUACUGUAGCAUCCAAAUACCUAAAAGAUGGUGGCUUAUUAACACUUACUGGCGCUCAACCAGCUCUGCAAGGCACAGCCGGCAUGAUUGGUUAUGGCAUGGCCAAGGCAGCUGUUCAUCAGCUAACACGUUCAUUGGCUGGCAAGAAUUCUGGUUUACCCACUGACGCCAUCGCAGUUGCAAUACUGCCAGUUACUUUGGAUACGCCAAUGAAUCGCAAAUGGAUGCCAAAAGCAGAUUUCGGUACAUGGACACCACUAGCAGAAGUUGCCGGACUUUUCCAUAAAUGGACACAAGGCCAGGAGCGACCAAACUCUGGUGCCUUAGUACAGCUGAUAACUAAGGAUGGUGUUACACAAUUGGCGGAAGCUAACUGAAUAUUGGCACGUAUUGUGGAAAAUCGACAAAUUUCGACUCGUGAGCGUUAGGGAAAUAUCCUUACAAUACAAAUAUACAUAUAUAUUUAUUGAUUAAGAGCUUGCAACUUGUAGAUAAUGUUAAAUAUGAAUUCCAAAAGUUCGAACUUCAAGUUAAUACAUUCAACAACUCGCUUACAAAUAUCUCUGCAUUAAGUGUUUAAAAUAUAUUAUAUUAUAUAUACAAAAUAAAAGA